AUGGCCAGCGAGCGGACCCGCAGGUUCACCCGGAGCCUGUUGAGACCUGGGCAGGCGGCCGAGCUCCGGCACAGCGCCGCGUCCGCCGCCGCGGUGGCCGUCAGCAGCCGGCAACAGCAGCGGCAGGAAAAGCCUAGGCUUCUCGAUCCUUUGGAUUAUGAAACUGUCAUUGAAGAACUUGAAAAGACCUAUCGGAAUGAUCCUCUUCAAGAUCUCCUGUUCUUCCCCAGUGACGACUUUUCAGCUUGUAAAUUUUAUAGUUCCCACUGGUAUGUAGUAAACUACAAAUACGAACAAUAUUCUGGAGACAUUCGGCAGCUACCCCGAGCAGAAUACAAACCAGAGAAACUUCCUUCACAUUCCUUUGAGGUUGACCAUGAAGAUGCUGAUAAGGAUGAAGAUACUACAUCCCACUCAUCCUCCAAGGGCGGUGGGGGAGCAGGAGGAACUGGAGUUUUCAAGUCUGGUUGGCUCUACAAGGGGAAUUUUAACAGCACCGUGAACAAUACCGUCACUGUUCGGUCAUUCAAAAAGCGCUACUUCCAGCUGACUCAGUUGCCGGAUAACUCCUACAUUAUGAAUUUUUACAAAGAUGAAAAGAUAUCCAAAGAACCCAAAGGCUGCAUCUUUUUGGAUUCUUGUACAGGUGUGGUACAGCGCCUGGAUUGGGACCUCCCUGUGGGUCAAAUGUCACCAUGGAGCCAGUUUGAUUGGACAUUUGGGAGAUAUCCGCUGGAUAAUUCUGUAACUUGUGAAUGCACGCCAGAGGAAACAGAUUCUUCAGACAACAGCCUACACCCAGAAUUCGCAAAAUACCUCGCAGAAACUGAAGAUACUGUAAAAACAACUCGAAACAUGGAGAGGCUGAAUCUCUUCUCGCUGGAUCCAGACAUAGAUACCUUGAAACUUCAAAAAAAGGAUCUUUUAGAAUCUGACUUUGUGAUCAAACCAUUUGAAGAAAAAGCCGCCAAGAGAAUCAUGAUCAUUUGUAAAGCCCUCAACUUAAAUCUUCAGGGAUGUGUUACAGAGAAUGAAAAUGAUCCAGUAACAAAUAUUGAGCCUUUUUUUGUGAGUGUGGCACUUUAUGACCUCAGAGACAGCAGAAAGAUUUCCGCCGACUUUCACGUGGAUCUAAAUCACACUGCUGUGAGACAGAUGCUCUCGGGGACUCCUGUGGCUUUGGAAAAUGGCAACAUCGACACUGUCACUCCACGACAAUCAGAAGAACCUUACGUCAAGGGACUUCCAGAGGAAUGGCUAAAAUUUCCAAAGCAGGCUGUAUUUUCUGUAAGCAAUCCACAUUCUGAAGUUGUUUUGGUGGCCAAAAUUGAAAAAGUCCUGAUGGGAAACAUUGCAAGUGGUGCUGAACCUUAUAUUAAGAAUCCAGACUCCAACAAGUAUAUCCAGAAAAUUUAAUUUAGUCACCUUAAAAACACAACUCCAUAAACAAUAUCCAAAUACCAACCUGAAUAAAUAUUUUCUUUCAGAUCGGUAUUUAAGGACAACCAGGGAAAUGUGGACAGAGAUUCAAGAUUUUCACCACUGUAUAGACAAGAAAAUAGCAAGAUUUCAACUGAGGACCUAAUUAAACUAGUAUCAGAUUAUAGAAGGUAUGAUAUUUUUGGAUACUACUGUGUAACAUCGUCCUUUAUCCCUGUCAAGCCUUUCAACAUGAUGGCUCAACCAGAACCCACAGUGGAGGUGGAAGAGUUUGUUUACGACUCAUCAAAGUAUUGUCGUCCUUAUAGAGUAUACAAAAAUCAAAUAUACAUUUACCCCAAACACCUCAAGUAUGACAGCCAGAAAUGUUUCAACAAGGCACGAAAUAUAACUGUGUGCAUUGAAUUCAAAAAUUCCGACGAAGAAGGCGCCAAGCCCGUGAAGUGUAUUUAUGGAAAACCUGGAGGGCCCCUCUUCACCUCAGCUGCCUACACAGCAGUUCUACACCAUUCCCAGAAUCCAGAUUUCUCAGAUGAGGUGAAAAUUGAGCUACCAACACAACUCCAUGAAAAACACCAUAUUUUGUUUUCUUUUUAUCAUGUCACCUGUGACAUAAAUGCAAAAGCCAAUGCCAAAAAGAAGGAGGCUCUGGAAACAUCAGUUGGAUAUGCUUGGCUUCCUCUGAUGAAACACCACCAGAUAGCUUCUCAAGAGUAUAAUAUCCCCAUAGCAACAAGUCUGCCUCCUAAUUAUUUAAGCUUUCAAGAUUCUGCAAGUGGAAAGCAUGGUGGGAGUGACCUUAAAUGGGUUGACGGUGGCAAACCACUUUUCAAAGUAUCGACCUUUGUCGUAUCAACAGUGAAUACUCAGAACUUACUGAACGUGGAAAAGAUUCAUGCAAUCAUGAGUUUUCUGCCUAUAAUCUUGAAUCAGCUCUUCAAGGUUCUGAUACAGAAUGAGGAAGAUGAAAUAACUACGACUGUCACCAGGGUUCUGGCCGACAUCGUGGCCAAGUGCCACGAGGAGCAGCUAGACCACUCUGUCCAGUCAUACAUUAAGUUCGUGUUCAAGACCAGGACAUGCAAGGAGAGAACUAUACAUGAGGAACUGGCGAAGAAUGUGACUGGUCUUUUGAAAUCAAAUGACUCAACAACAGUAAAGCAUGUCCUAAAGCAUUCCUGGUUCUUCUUUGCUAUUAUCCUGAAAUCAAUGGCACAGCACUUGAUUGACACAAAUAAAAUUCAGCUUUCCCGGCCUCAAAGAUUUCCUGAAUCUUAUCAAAAUGAAUUGGACAAUCUCGUGAUGGUCCUGUGUGACCACGUGAUUUGGAAAUACAAAGAUGCGCUUGAAGAAACAAGGAGGGCAAACCACAGCGUUGCCAGAUUUCUUAAGACCUUAUGCCAGUACAAAUUUGAUUUUCUUCAAGAAGUAUGUCAACACGAACACUUUAUUCCUUUGUGUCUCCCCAUAAGAUCAGCAAACAUCCCAGUCUUGGUUUCGUCUGAAGCGAUCGCAUGGCGCUGCUUUACAUUUAUGGACCGAGGAUUUGUGUUUAAGAUGGUUAACAAUUACAUCAGCAUGUUCUCCUCCGGUGAGCGCAAGGGGUCUAGAGAUGAUCUAAGCACCAAUGGAGGAUUUCAGACCCAGACAGCUAUGAAACAUGCAAACUCUGUGGAUACCUCAUUUUCUAAAGAUGUUUUAAAUUCCAUAGCAGCAUUUUCAUCAAUAGCUAUUUCUACAGUAAACCAUGCCGACUCCAGAGCGUCUUUAGCAAGUCUUGACUCCAAUCCAAGCACCAAUGAGAAGAGCAGUGAGAAGACGGACAACUGUGAAAAAAUCCCAAGACCCUUGUCUUUGAUUGGCUCAACUCUUCGAUUUGACAAGUUAGAUCAAGCAGAAACCAGGAGUCUUCUUAUGUGUUUUCUUCACAUUAUGAAAACAAUUUCAGAUGAGACUCUGAUCGCCUACUGGCAGAGAGCACCCAGUCCAGAGGUGUCCGACUUCUUUAGCAUCUUGGAUGUUUGUCUUCAAAAUUUCAGAUACCUAGGAAAACGCAAUAUAAUCAGAAAAAUUGCUGCUGCAUUUAAAUUUGUGCAGUCUACCCAGAACAAUGGAACUCUCAAAGGAUCCAAUCCUUCCUGCCAGACAUCAGGUCUCUUGCCACAAUAUAUGCCUGAAUAUUCGGUCACCAAUGAAUUUUGCCGCAAACACUUCUUAAUUGGAAUUCUGCUCCGAGAAGUUGGCUUUGCCCUGCAGGAAGACCAGGAUAUCAGGCACUUAGCUUUAGCUGUCCUCAAAAAUCUAAUGGCUAAGCAUUCUUUUGAUGAUCGAUACCGAGAACCAAGAAAGCAGGCGCAGAUUGCAAGUUUGUACAUGCCCCUGUACGGCAUGCUUCUGGACAACAUGCCGAGGAUUUAUCUGAAGGACCUGUAUCCUUUUACUGUCAAUACAUCUAAUCAGAGACAACUCCAACAAUCUGACUGUCAAAAUUCAUUGAUGAAAAGGGUCUUUGAUACCUACAUGCUCUUUUUCCAAGUCAACCAGUCGGCCACAGCACUGAAGCACGUGUUUGCCUCCUUGAGACUGUUCGUAUGCAAGUUUCCCUCAGCGUUCUUCCAGGGGCCUGCCGACCUCUGUGGCUCCUUCUGCUACGAAGUCCUAAAAUGCUGUAACCACAGGUCACGGUCAACUCAGACAGAGGCCUCGGCACUUCUGUACUUUUUCAUGAGGAAGAAUUUUGAAUUUAACAAGCAGAAGUCAAUUGUCCGGUCACACUUACAACUCAUCAAGGCUGUAAGCCAGUUAAUAGCCGAUGCUGGGAUUGGAGGCCCUCGGUUCCAACAUUCCCUCGCAAUCACCAAUAAUUUUGCCAAUGGAGACAAGCAGAUGAAAAACAGCAAUUUCCCAGCAGAAGUCAAAGACCUGACUAAACGCAUAAGGACUGUUUUGAUGGCCACAGCUCAGAUGAAGGAGCACGAGAAGGACCCCGAGAUGCUGGUGGAUCUCCAGUACAGCCUGGCAAACUCCUACGCCAGCACCCCCGAGCUGCGGAGGACCUGGCUGGAAAGCAUGGCCAAGAUUCACGCAAGAAACGGCGACUUAUCCGAGGCGGCCAUGUGUUAUAUCCAUAUAGCUGCCCUCAUCGCAGAAUAUCUGAAAAGAAAGGGUUACUGGAAAAUGGAAAAGAUUUGCACACCAUCCCUGCUCCCGGAGGAUACUCACCCCUGUGAUAGCAAUCCAUUACUAACAACUCCUGGUGGAGGAAGCAUGUUCUCCAUGGGAUGGCCAGCUUUUCUGAGCAUCACACCAAACAUUAAAGAAGAAGGAGCAAUGAAAGAGGACUCGGGAAUGCAAGAUACACCAUACAAUGAGAAUAUCCUGGUGGAGCAGCUGUACCUGUGUGUGGAGUUUCUUUGGAAAUCUGAGCGAUAUGAACUCAUCGCUGACGUCAACAAGCCCAUUAUUGCCGUCUUCGAGAAGCAACGAGACUUCAAAAAAUUGUCGGAUCUCUACUACGACAUUCAUCGGUCAUACCUAAAAGUGGCAGAGGUGGUGAAUUCAGAGAAGCGGCUAUUUGGUCGCUACUAUCGUGUGGCAUUUUAUGGGCAGGGUUUUUUUGAAGAAGAAGAAGGUAAAGAGUAUAUUUAUAAAGAGCCUAAGCUGACAGGUCUCUCGGAGAUUUCCCAAAGACUACUCAAACUCUAUGCGGAUAAAUUUGGAGCAGACAAUGUGAAGAUAAUUCAGGAUUCUAACAAGGUGAACCCCAAGGAGUUGGACCCCAAAUACGCCUACAUCCAGGUGACCUAUGUCACGCCAUUCUUUGAGGAAAAGGAAAUCGAGGACCGGAAGACAGACUUCGAAAUGCACCACAACAUCAACCGCUUUGUCUUCGAAACGCCCUUCACACUCUCGGGCAAGAAGCACGGCGGAGUGGCCGAGCAGUGCAAGCGGCGCACGGUCCUGACCACGAGUCACCUGUUCCCCUACGUGAAGAAGAGAAUACAAGUCGUAAGCCAGUCGAGCACAGAACUGAACCCCAUUGAAGUGGCGAUUGACGAGAUGUCCAAGAAGGUUUCUGAGCUUAAUCAGCUUUGCACCAUGGAAGAAGUGGACAUGAUCCGACUGCAGCUCAAACUCCAAGGAAGUGUCAGCGUGAAGGUUAACGCCGGGCCGAUGGCCUAUGCACGAGCUUUUCUUGAAGAAACCAAUGCAAAGAAAUACCCUGACAACCAAGUAAAGCUUCUGAAAGAGAUCUUCAGGCAAUUUGCAGACGCCUGUGGGCAGGCCCUUGACGUGAACGAGCGCCUCAUCAAGGAGGACCAGCUGGAGUACCAGGAGGAGCUGAGGUCCCAUUAUAAGGACAUGCUCAGCGAGCUCUCCGCCAUCAUGAACGAGCAGAUUACGGGCAGGGACGACCUAUCAAAGCGCGCAGUGGACCGAACCUGCACUCGAGCAAUUAGCAAGGCGGCCCCAGCCCUGCCUGCAGUCCUGGUGUCGUCUAGCGCUGAAGUCUGAGAGAACGUCUGCGGCAACAGACACGCCUCAAAGAGAACUUUCUGAAUUUGCAGCUAAUCUCGGGGAAGAGAAAGACAGAUUUAAUUUAUUUGAACUUUUUAUGGUGUUAAUAUUUUUGUUUACCUCGCUAGCUUGAGAAUUUUGCCAGCCUCUGGAUUUGCACAUUUUUUAUGAUUUUUUUUUCCUUUGAGCAGUGUUGAUCAAGCCAAGCUGAAUAUCUGCCAUGAAAUUCCAGUGAAUGUGUAACUCAAAAGCAAGCCCUAAGUUUGCUGUCAGAUAUAGUAUGUUCAAUGCCCCAGUCCUAGUACACAUAUUUUAAAGGUUAAAGUGAAUGUUUUUGUAACAUUUAAGCAUAUUUCAGAUGUAAAUAAAAGAUUGUAAAAUAUAUGGUUUUUACCAAAUUUAAAAGAUCCUUUUUUGGUUAAUACUUAUGACAGUACUAAAAUUAUAUGAAUAACAUUUCAGAUACCAUUAUAUUAAAAUAUUUGUGUAUGUGUACAAAAGUGUUGAUAAAUACCAAUCUUUAAAGUUUGUGGAGUUUCUUUAUUUGUAAUAUAUGUGCUCUUAAAAGCAAUGGAAUGUGAAAUUAUGACAGUAUUUUGUUGUUGUUAAUAGAAAUAAAAAAUACAGUUACUUUGCA